UUAUUAAAAUUUUAGACUUGCCGGAUUUUUCCAACCACAGCUGCACUCGUUAUUAUUGUCACUAUCAGAUCUGACCUCACAAAGGAAUCGUCCGGCAGACAAAUGCGAUGAGACAAUUAUCCUAUUACCAUCCUCAGCAUGAACAUCGAUGGGACCUGUGCCACAGUAGCGUUCACCCUGAUUUGUUGCAGAUGUUUGAAGAAUAAAAGCAUCGGACUUGCAAUAGGGAGACUGCAACGAAAUAGAACAAUUCAUUUUGAUCAGCCGAUCACUGUUAACGAUCCACCGGCAAGAAUUCAUGGGUGCACUUUCAUCAUUCGGAUAAUUUGGGUUAUAUAUGUAAUAAGUUUGUCCUGGGUUUAGUGUUUGCUCAUAAUUACAGCCAUCAAAUUGGGCGUUGCUCAUCCCGGUAAGGACCAGAAGAAACAU